GGCCCCAACGAUCGGGACGGGCGAAGAGCGACGAGUGCGCCGACGACACUCGCCGAGAAAUCGAAGAAUCGACGCGUUAGCGCGACUUACGAGGACCGGAGGGAUACCUUACGGGAAGCCCAGCGAGACGGAGGGAGUGUUCACGAGGUUCGAGGAAGACUUCCUUCAAGAAACUAGGACCAGGAGCCGGGCGUGGAUUACGGAGCGGAGUUUCCGUUCCGCAUAGAUGUGGCCGUGGGGCGGCGGCCAUUGAGGUGCAGCCGAGAGGAGGCCAUUUCCCCAGCUCGACCCCGAACGAAGAGCACCCUGAGGAGGAGUCGAUAACCCCCGGGAGGCGCCCCGGCCGAAAUGGGGGUCGCCGACGAUUUUGCCCCCAGCUUCACGCAGAAGCCCCAGCUUCGCCAGGAAGAUGAGGGCAACCGACUCAUCUUCGAGUGCCAGCUCCUCAGCUCGCCGAAGCCUGAGAUUUCCUGGUUCCGCGGCGAGACCCAACUCGCCGAGGACUCCAGGACCAACUUCAAGAUCCAAAGCGUCGCCGCCAACAAGUUCCUGGUGGUCCUCGAGCUCGACGACGUCAUCGAGACCGACGCCGGCCUCUACAAGGUCAAGGCCAAGAACAAGAUGGGCGAGGUCGCGGCCUCCAUCAACCUGAACUUCAGUCCCGUGGAUGAGCCUAGAGAGAAACAAAUCGACGGCAUCGCACCGACUUUUGCGAAAAAACCCGCGAUCAGACAGGAAGACGACGGCAAGCGACUGCUCUUCGAAUGCCGCAUCACUGCGGAUCCCACGCCGAAAGUCUCAUGGUUCCACGACGGAAAUAUGGUCAAGGAUUCGUCGAGACACAAAUUAACCGUCGACAAGGACGGCCACUCGUACUUCGCGACGCUGGAAAUAAAAAAUGUGACUGUCGAGGAUGCUGGUAAAUAUAAAGUCACCGCGAAGAACGAGCUCGGCGAGUCCAACGCAACGAUCUCCCUUAACUUCGAUAGCGAUGAGGCACCCGUACCCGACGAUGGUAUUAAGCCCACCUUCACCGAGCGACCUGUCAUCAGGCAAUCCGAUGACGGGAACACGAUCACGUUUGAAUGCCGAUUAGUAGGCGACCCAAAACCGAACGUGAAGUGGUACCACGUUAACAAUGAGGUGAAGGAAGGCCCGAGGUUCAAGACAAGCUUGGAAUUGGAUCAGAAGCUCUACCACCUAGCAAGGCUGGAAAUCAACAAUGUCACCAAGUCAGACGCAGGAGAGUACAAAGCAGUUGCUUUGAACAAACACGGUCAAGGAGUGGCCACGAUAAAUCUCAACUUCGAGGGCGGUGAAAAGCUCAAAAUCCCCGAUGGGAAGCCACCCAGGUUCCCGAAGAAACCCACGAUUCGCCAGGAGGGCGACAUCCUUAUCAUGGAGUGCAUCCUGGAGGCGCAUCCCGUGCCCGACAUAACUUGGUACCAGAGCAACAAAAUCAUCGCCGACAGUUCGCGCGUGAAAAUGUCGCGUAAAUUCACAGGAAAGGAUACCUAUUUGCUCACCCUCGAGAUCUUCAAUCCCACCAAGGCUGACGGGGGGAAUUAUCGUUGCAACGCCUUCAACGUCUACGGCGAGAGCAACGCCAACAUCUCCCUCAACUUCCAAGACGAUAGCGCGGGAUUCGCGCCGUCGUUUAUCGAGAAACCGCGCAUCAUUCCAAACGAGACUGGGACUCUGAUUACGAUGAAAUGCAAGUGCAAGGCGAAGCCGAAACCCGAGGUGACCUGGUUCCGAGGUUCCUCGGUCGUGAAGGAGUCAUCCAAGAUCAGCAUCAAAACGAGCGAUCUGGAGGAAGACGUCUAUGAACUGACAAUGCAGAUCAAGGACCCCUCAGCCCCAGACGGUGGCACGUACAGGUGUCACGUAAAAAACGAAUUUGGCGAAAGCAACGCAAAUCUGAAUUUGAAUAUCGAAGCCGAGCCAGAACCGGAAGGGGACGGCCCCACCUUCGUGGAAAAGCCGAGGAUUCAAUCCCAAAAUCAAGGGAAGCUCGUCAUCAUGGACUGCAAGGUCAAGGCCAGUCCGAAGCCGGAAAUUGUGUGGACCCAUGCCGGAAAGGUGAUCCAACAAUCCUCAAAGAUCUCCAUCAGCAUAACCAAGGAGCAAGAAGACGUGUAUUACAUUAAACUUACCCUGAACGACCCUGGACCCGAAGACUCCGGCCUUUACAAGUGUAACAUCAAGAACUCCCUCGGAGAGCUCAAUGCCAACUUGACCUUAAACGUCGAAAUAAUCCCCGUGAUCAAGGAGAAGCCGAAGGUUGUCAAGGUCGUAAAGAAGAAGACCGUGAUCGUGGAGUGCCACGUUCUUUCCAAAUUUGCACCUGAAUGCACCUGGUACAAAGAGAACCAGGCAGUCAGAGAGGAUAGUAGACAUACCGUCCACGUGGAGCAAGUCAAAGAGGGCGAAUUUGCGGUAAAACUAGAAAUCGAGCAGAUGUCGUCCAUCGAUAAAGGCAUUUACAAGUUAGUGGCGAAGAACGAAAAGGGUGAGGCCACUUCUCAAGUCGUGGAAAUCACUGAAAUUACGGAAGAGGGUGACAAACCGAAAAUCGGUAGCGGCUUGAGGACGAUCACCAUUGAGGAGGGCAAAACUGUGGAAUUUGUGGCCAGUCUUGUUCAACAAGACAGAAAGGUCUCGGUGACGUGGUACAAGGAUUCAACGAUCGUGAAGGCUUCCAAGGAUGUCAGGAUAUCUUUCAAUGGUACAGACAUGAAGCUGAACAUCACUUCGGUUACGAAGGAAUACUCCGGGACGUACAAAGUCUCUGUCAGCAACGAGUUUGGCAAAGACGAGUCGUUUGCUGAGCUCAUCAUAAAGAAGAAAGAGGAGAAGAAAGAGGAGGAAGAGGAAGAGAAAAAGAAGAAGAAGGUAGAAAAGAAGGAAGAAAAGAAGGAGGAGGAAAAAAAGAAGGUCGAGGAGAAGAAAAAGGUGGAGGAAAAAGAAGAGGUGGAGACCUCGGAAGAGGAAGAGGAGGAAGACGAGGAACCCGUAAGUGUACUAGAGUCCAGUCUUGCUGAACCAGUUGUCGAAGAACCCGAUUCUGAACCCAUUUCCAAGGUCGAGGAUAAUCUGGAGUCGAAAACGAACGGUAUCGGUGGAUCACCGUUCGAAAAGAAGUUGGAGUUUAAGAAAGAGGAGGCGACAAUCAACAACGUGGAGGAAAGAAAAUCUAUUAAGAAGAAGGCCGAGGAUAAAAUCGAAGAGAAGAAAGAGCCUGAAAAGGCCAAGAAAGUGGUGAAGAAGAAAGAACCUGAAUCUAAAGAGGGCUCUCGAGAAUCGACUCCAAAGCCAGAAAAGACUGUCACCAGCCGGAAGCAAUCUGUCAGCAGGGUUGAAGAGCUACGCACUGAAAGUCGACGUAGUUCCCUCGUCAAGACCGAGGAAAAGAUCACUAAAGACGGCUCUGCGACGCCUGAGAGACGUGUUUCCAUGCAACAGGUGGAGGAGGAAGUCAAAACCGAAAGUCGACGCUCUUCCAUCAUCGAAAAGAAGACAGUCGAAAAGAAGGUGGAACCAACUGCGAAACCCAAAGCUGUACUUGGCAAAAAAGAAGAACCCAAGGAUGAACCUCCUCCAAAAACGACAACUACUGUUAACAAGUCGAAUAAAACAGAGACUACCACAGAGAAGUCUAAGACCAUCACUAGAAAACAAGAAGACACAAAGGAGGAGGCGCCUGCUGAGAAAAUUAAACCUAUUGCUAAUAAACGGGAUGAACCGAAGAAAGAUGAGCCUGCUCCAAAACUAAAACCUACACCUACCAAACCUGAGGAAGCAAAGAAGGAAGAACCCACACUCAAACCUAAAGCCACAUUAAACAAGCCUGCCGAAACCAAGAAGGAUGAACCUCCGGCGAAACCUAGGUCUUCCAUCAGCAAACCUGAAGACCAAAAGAAUGGCGUGUCAGCCUUGAAAUCCACUGAGAAGGUGGCAGAAGUUAAGAAGGAUGAACUCGCGCCAAAACCAAAGAGUACCCUUGGUAAACCUGAAGAGCCCAAGAAGGAAGAAGGGCUAAGGAAACUAAGUCUGAAACCUGGCGCCAAGCCCGAGGAAGAGAAGAAGGGCCUGGAGAAACCUGAGCUCAAGCCUACGGAAACCGAAGCAGCCGUUGCCAAACCGAAAGUGCGUAGAAUAAUACCGAAAGAGGAGCCUAAAGUUGAGUCCUUCCAAUCGAUCCAGCUCAAACCCACUGUCAAAAAUGUGAAAGGGCCUCAAAAGGCGUCAGAAAAUGGUGUCGAACUUAAGAAAACUCCCGAAAAACUCGAGAAACAGGAGGCGAAGAAAGUAAAAGCCGCAAAGCCUACGAAGCCAAGUUACGACCUUCCUGAAAUCCCUGAUUACGAACGGCCAGUUCUUGAAAAACCACAAGAAUUCGAUUUCGGAGAACGUGCCAAACGCGAAAAGACCAAACUCGACAGACCCGCCUCACAGAAAAUCGAAUCGAAGCCAAAAUUGCCGGAAAUCAAGGCUCCAGAGACGCCGAAAAUCGAGGUGAUCAAGGAAGCCACGCCAGCCGGAAGCAGGAGGGGUUCCUUGGUGCCCGGAAGUGGGCCCGGAAGUCGCAGGGGGUCUCUUAUACCUCCGGAAGAACUGGGCCGUAGGCCCAGCUUGAUCAUCAGCGACGAGGAGAAUAGAAAGCUGCGACCUGGGGAGGUGGUGGACGAGCGCAAGAUUAAGUCCGUCCGCCCUGGCGUACUGCAGGUCGAACAGCGACGUCGUCUCAGCUCGGAUGCGAGGAGACCCAGCGUGGCAGAUCUGGAGAACAAGAUCAACCAACCCAGCACGCCUCUACAAAAUGUCGGACCACCAGGACCACCACAAAUCGUCGAUGUUCAGGAGUCUUACUCCGCAGUCGAAGACUCGACAGCCUACCUCACCGUUGGGGUCGAAGGUAAUCCCGCGCCGACCUUCAAGUUCUACAAAGGCAUGACCGAAAUCAUCGAAGGUGGUCGAUUCAAGUUCCUUACGGAUUCCGAGACCAAUUCGAUCACCCUCUGUAUGAGGAAGACGAAACCCAACGACGAGGGUACAUACAAGAUCGUCAUCAGCAACUGCCACGGCGAGGAUUCCGCCGAGAUGCAACUCUACGUUUCCGAUGCCAGUGGAAUGGACUUCCGUGCCAUGUUGAAGAAACGAAAAUACCAAAAGUGGGGCAGGGAAGAGACCGAGCAGGAGAAGGUAGACUUAAAGGAGGUCGAGAAACCAAUGCCGGCACUCAAGAAGGUUGAAAAGAAACCGGAGUCCUUCUUGAAACCUUUGGUUGACCAAUACGCCAAGGAGGGCAAAGACAAGAAAGUUGUCUUUGAUGCGAACUUCUCGAAGCCAAAUUGCAAGCCGAAAUGGUUCUUCCGCAAAGACGAACUCUUCGCAUCGGCCAAGUACAAGUUCAAGAACGAAGACGACUCCUACCAGCUCAUUAUUCUCAAUCCAAAAGUUGAAGACACUGGAAAAUACACCAUUGAUAUCAGUGGAGUCUCUAGCACUGCAAUCCUCAAUGUGGACGAGCCUGAUCCGUCGUACACUUUUACAAAGCCCCUCUCGAAGAAAUCGAGUGGAUUUGCAAAACACGAGGCCUACAUGGAAUGUACGGUUUCCUCGAAUUUGGCUCAAGUAUCCUGGUACAAAGGAAAAACCAAAUUGGAGGAUGGUGACGUGUACAGUAUAUCUAAGGAUAUAUCUGGAGUAUGCCGACUUACUAUUAAAUGCGCCACCUUUGACGACAGUGGCGAAUACACGUGCAAGAUCAACAAACAAACUGAGAAAACGGACACGGUCCUUACUAUAGUCGAGUAUCCUUACAAGUUUGUCAAGGUCCUGAAACACCAACAACAAGUUGAAAAGGAGACUAUCACGUUGCUGUGCGAACUUGACGAUGAAGCUGGCGAUGUUAAAUGGUACAAAGGAGAUCAAGAAAUAAUGCCAGAUAAAAGAAUACAAAUUAAGGAGGAUGGUCGCAAGAGGAAGCUGAUCAUCAAGGAUGCAAAAGUCACAGAUGCUGGCCUCUUCUCUUGCGUGAGCAACGCCGACAAGACAGAAGCCGAACUAGUGAUAAGCUACUUGAACCGCUUCAACAAGAAGCUGAAAGAUACCGUCGCGGUGGAAAGAGAAAAGUUGGUCCUGGACGUCGAGCUUCAAGAUCAAACGGCUCCUGCAAAUUGGUUCUUCAACGGGAAACCUAUCGAAACAAAUGACAGGAUUGAAAUAAAAAAUCUCGGCGGUGGUAAACAUCAGCUGGUCUUUAACCGCCUGGAAAUGUCGGACGAUGGGGAGAUUACUUGCGAAAGUGGAGAACUUAACAGCUCCUGCAAGUUAACAGUUAAAAAGGGAGAGAGCAAGCCUAUUGCCGAGAUACCAGACAAGGUUGAAGGACCUUGCAGUUCUCCGAUCGUAUUUGUUAUUCCCUUCAAAAUCGAGGGCACCAAGCAGAGUCAGGUAGAAGCCAAGUUAUUGAAGGAUGGUAAGGCUCUGCCAUUGAAGGAUGUCGAAGUCGUCGUGGGCGAGGAUAAGAUCACAUUUAAGAUCAAGAAACCACAACGUGACCUGUCCGGCAUUUAUCAACUGAAAAUUGGCAAUGCUCAGGGCGAAGAAGUCGCAGACGUCAACAUUGUCAUGCAGGAUGUUCCAUCUCCACCUCAAGAUGUCGACGUUACCGACGUCUUCCAGAAUUCUUGCGUGGUGAAGUUCAAGCCAUCAAAGGAUGACGGUGGCUCGCCAAUCACCAAAUACGUCGUCGAACGAUUGGAUUUGAGUUUGAAAUCCCAAUGGGACAGUGUUGGCGAGGUGAUGCCAGGAGAAAAAUGCGUCUACAAGGUGGAGGAUCUCGUUGCUAAGAAAGAGUACAAGUUCAGGAUACGAGCUGUCAAUAAGCUCGGCUCCAGCGAGCCCGCACUCUUCGCCAAGCCCAUCCUGGCGAAAGAUCCUUGGGACGAACCCGGGAAACCUAGCAACGUCGAGGUCGUCGACUGGGACAAGGACCACGCGGACCUGACCUGGGUCAAGCCCGAAGACGACGGUGGAGCACCGAUCACAGGAUACAUCAUCGAGUACAAGGAGAAAUUCGGCAAGGAGUGGGUCAAAGGAAAAGAAAUCGAAGGGGACGUCACCGGUGCGACUAUCGACGGCCUAAAAGAAGGCACUCAAUACGAAUUCCGUAUUCGAGCUGUCAACAAGGCGGGACCUGGAGAACCUUCGGACGCAACCAAACCGAUCAUUGCCAAAUCUCGCUUCGUGAAGCCUUUCAUCAUUGGAGAGCAAUUAACGAACCUGGUCGUCAAGAAAGGACAGGUCAUCAAGUACGACAUCAAGUACGGCGGUGAACCAGAACCAGAAGUCCAUUGGUUCCUCAGUGGUAAAGAACUGGUUCAAGAUUCAGCGGAAAGGCUCACCAUCGACAAAUACGAGCGCAAUACCGUCCUGACCGUCAGAAAGACCACCAGACCAGAUUCUGGAAAGUAUAAGCUCGUUUUGACAAACGGAUCCGGCACUUGCGAGAGCAUCGCCGAUGUUGUUGUCCUCGACAAGCCUUCCAUUCCGCUUGGACCUCUAAAGGCCGAAGAAGUCCGCUCGGACCACGUGACCGUGAAAUGGGGCAGACCAGAAGACGACGGAGGUUCCGCUAUUACCGGAUAUGUCCUGGAAAAAAUGGAUAUGGACACCGGACGCUGGAUACCAGCUGGAGAAGUUGGUCCAGACAAAAAUACGUUUACCUUCCAAGGGCUUACUCCCAAGAAGAAGUAUAAAUUCCGCGUUAAGGCCGUUAAUAAGGAAGGAGAGUCGGAACCUUUGGAGACCGAAGAGGGCAUAGUCGCCAAAAAUCCUUACGACGAACCUGGCAAGCCUGGUAAACCGGAGAUUUUCGAUUACGACAAUGUCAGCGUGUCCCUGAAAUGGGCUAAACCGGAGAACGAUGGUGGCAGACCCAUUAGCCACUAUGUCAUCGAAAUGAAGGACAAAUUUUCUGCGGAUUGGGUCGAGGUCUCGAAAACCACCGAUGCGACUCCGGAGGGAAAGGUCGAAGGCCUCAAGGAAAAAAUGAUUUAUCAAUUCCGCGUUCGAGCUGUCAACAAAGCUGGACUUUCCGAGCCUAGCGAACCUACCGACAAUCAUUUGUGCAAGCACAAGAAUCUUAAACCCAGGAUUGAUCGGACGAACUUUAAGUCUAUUGUCAUCAAGUCCGGACGUACGCACAAGUGGUCUGUAGACAUAACCGGAGAACCUCCUCCAGAGAUCAAAUGGGUCUGGAAGGACACCAUCCCGUUGUCAUCCACGGAUAGAAUUAAGAUCGAGAAUAUCGAUUAUCACACAGACUUCAGCAUAGUAAACGCCAUGAGAAAGGACACCGGAAAGUAUACCCUAAUAGCGGAGAACUGCAACGGCAAAGACGAAGAAUCCGUCGAACUUACCGUUCUCGGGAAACCAAGCCCACCCAAAGGUCCCCUCGAAGUGUCCGACAUCACAGCAACAAGUGCCAAAGUCAAAUGGGAAAAGCCAGAGGAUGACGGCGGCUGCCCCAUCAAGGAAUACGAGAUUGAGAAAAUGGACACCAAGACUGGAAAGUGGGUUCGCGUGGGCAAAGUGCCCGGAAACGCUCCCAACACCGAAUUAGAAGUUACAGGACUUAAUCCAGGAAGCGAGUACAAGUUCCGCGUUACAGCCAUCAACGACGAAGGCGACUCCGAGCCUCUCGAGAGCGAACGCGGAAUCAUCGCUAAGAAUCCAUUUGACGAGCCCUUGAAGCCUGGUACCCCAGAGAUCACGGAUUACGACAACGAGUCCGUAAGUCUGAAAUGGACCGCACCCGAGCACGAUGGAGGAGCUCCGAUAGAGAAGUACAUAAUCGAAAAGAAGGAUAAAUACAAACCCGAUUGGGAGAAAGCAAUAGAAGUCCCUGGAAAUCAGCUGGAGGGUAAAGUCGCAGGCCUGAAGGAAAGAGGAGAGUAUCAAUUCAGGGUAAUCGCCGUGAACAAGGCUGGACCUUCGGUACCUUCGGAUGCCUCGAAAAUGCAGAUCUGUAAACACAAAGCACUGAAGCCCAGAAUCGAUCGAACGAACCUGAAGCCAAUUAUCGUGCGCGCUGGAAAGCCGAUUAAGUACGAUGUGGAUGUCCGAGGUGAACCACCGCCAGAGAUCACAUGGUUCAUCGGAAAAACCGAGGUCAAGACAGGUGGAAACAUCGAAAUAGUCAAUGUCGACUAUAACACCAAAAUCAGCGUGACCGACUCCAUCAGGAAGAACAGCGGACUUUGGAAGAUCUUGGCUGUGAAUCCACAUGGCCAGGAUGAAGCCGAAGUAGAAGUCACCGUGCUCUCUGUACCAAGCAAACCCACGGCCCCGCUUAAGGUCAGCGAUAUUACGAAGAACAGUUGCAAGCUGAAAUGGGAAAAGCCAGAAGACGAUGGUGGAAGACCGAUCACCGGGUACCAGGUUGAGAAGUUGGAUAAGUCCACUGGUCGAUGGGUUCCCGUGGGACGAACAAACGAGCUCGAGAUAGACGUUAAGGGACUCCAAGAAGGCCACGAGUACGACUUCAGGGUCAAGGCCAUUAACGAGGAAGGAGAGUCCGAACCUCUUCAAACGGACGUUCCUAUCGUGGCCAAGAAUCCUUAUGACGUGGCUGGCAAGCCAGGCACUCCGGAACUCGAAGACUGGGACGUCGAUCGCGUCGACUUGAAAUGGCAGCCGCCAAAGGACAACGGCGGAGCUCCCAUAACCGGCUACAUAAUCGAGAAGAAGGAGAAAUUCCAAACUCACUGGGAGGAAGCUUUGGUUACGGAUUCCCCUCAGCCGAAAGCCCGAGUUCCAGGGCUCAAGGAAGGCUGCACGUAUCAAUUCCGCGUCCGUGCCGUUAACAAAGCUGGACCCUCCGAGCCCAGCGAACCAACCAAACCGCACGUCGCAAAGGCCCGCUUCCUUAAGCCGCACAUUAAUCGCGACAAGCUGCAGACCGUGAAAGUCAGGGCAGGUCAGCUGGUGAAGCUCGACGUGGACGUGAAGGGAGAACCACCUCCAACCACCACGUGGAGUUUCGCCGGUAAAGUCCUCGAGACCGGUGCCAAUGUUAAAAUCGACAACGAGGACUACCUGACGAAGAUUCAGCUGACGAACACGUCUCGCAAGAUGACCGGGAAAUACACGAUCAAGGCCGUGAACGACUCUGGCCAGGACGAGGCCGACGUUGAGAUCAUCGUGCUUGACAAACCUGGCAAGCCCGAAGGACCUCUCGAAGUGAGCGACGUGCACAAGGAGGGCUGCAAAUUGAAAUGGAGCAAACCCAAAGACGACGGUGGCUUGCCAUUGACGAGCUACAUCGUUGAAAAAAUGGAUGUCACAACAGGUCGUUGGGUCCCAGCCGGAAUUGUUGACCCCGAGAAAACCGAACACACUAUCACGGGUUUGGAACCUGGAAAGAAGUACGAAUUCCGAGUGAAGGCUGUCAACGAAGAGGGCGAAUCCGAGCCGCUGCAGACCGACACCGCCAUUGUGGCCAAGAAUCCCUACGACGUCCCUGCCGCCCCGGGUCUCCCGGAGAUAGUCGACUGGUCGGAGAACAUGGUGAAGCUGAAGUGGGAGCCUCCCAUAAGAGAUGGCGGCGCCCCGAUUACAGGGUACAUCAUUGAAAUGAAAGACAAAUUCGGCAAGAGCUUUGUCAAGGCUGUGCAAACCGAUGGACCCGCUUGUACCGGAGUGGUCCAAAAGUUGGAAGAAGGUAACCAGUACCAGUUCCGGGUACGAGCCGUGAACAAAGCUGGUCCUGGUGAACCCAGCGAAGCCACCAACCCCCACACCGCUAAGGCUCGAUGGUUGAAACCGUACAUCGACCGAACCAAUCUGCAACCCGUGACUGUCAAGGUCGGCUUGACGGUGAGCUUGGAUGUGAACAUCAUCGGUGAACCUCCUCCAACGGUGCAAUGGUUCUUCAAGGACAAGGAAUUAUCAUCCGACGAGAUAAUUCGCAUCGAUAGCAUCGACUACAACACGAAGUUCUUGAUUCUGAAGGCGAAGCGAGCCCACUCGGGAACUUACAAGAUCAAGGCGAAGAACGAGGUCGGCGAAGAUACCGCCGAGGUCGAUAUCACGAUUCUGGGCAAACCGAGCAAACCUAAGGGUCCUCUCGAAGUGUCGGACGUCACCAAGCACGGAUGUAAACUGAAGUGGAAGAAGCCAGAGGACGACGGCGGUACCCCGGUAGAGUAUUACGAGAUUGAGAAAUUAGAUCCUUUGUCGGGGCAAUGGAUACCUUGUGGAAGGUCCACGGAACCGGAAGCCAACAUCACCGGACUUCUGGAAGGCAAGCCAUACAAAUUCCGGGUGAAGGCGGUGAACAAAGAAGGGGAAUCCGAAGAGCUGGAAGCCGACAAGUCCAUCAUCGCCAAAAAUCCAUUCGAUGAGCCCGGCAAGCCUGGACGUCCCGAGCUCAAGAACUGGGACAAAGAUUUCGUUGAUUUGGAAUGGACUCCUCCCAGAGACGACGGAGGUGCUCCGAUCGAAAGAUACAUCGUCCAAAUGCGAGACAAAGAAGGAAGACAAUGGAUCGAUGUCGCCAGGGUCCCCGGGGAUCGUACAGUUGCCAAAGUGGUCGAUGGUAUCGAAGAAGGCCACGAAUACGAGUUCCGAAUUGUUGCGGUAAACAGAGCUGGUCCUGGAGAACCUAGCGACACUUCAAGAAGUGUCGUAGCGAAACCACGUUUCCUGGCUCCUCACAUCGACCGGAAGAACCUGCAGAAGAAGGUCAUGCGUGUCGGACAAAUGCUGCGAAUGGAGGCUGACAUUAAGGGCGAGCCACCUCCAAUUGUCACCUGGAAACACAAAAAUCUGGUCCUGAAGUCAGUGGACCGCUUGAAGAUCGAAAACGAGGAGUACCACACUACGUUCGUCCUCAGCAAACUCCAACGUUCCGACACCGGAACUUACACGGUCACUGCCAAAAAUGACAGUGGCACCGAUGAAGUUGAAGUGGAACUCCAGGUUGUCAGUAAACCGAGCAAACCGAAAGGACCUUUGGACGUAUCCGACGUGACAGCUGAAGGAUGCAAACUGAAAUGGGACAAACCCGAUGACGACGGUGGUGAACCUGUUGAUCAUUACGUGAUCGAGCGGAUGGACACGGACACAGGAAGAUGGGUACCUUGUGGAACGAGCAAAACUCCUGAAGCCGAUGUGACCGGAUUGAACGAAGGAAAAGAUUACCUAUUCCGCGUAAAGGCUGUCAAUCCUGAAGGAGAGUCAGAGCCAUUGGAGACAACCAUACCGAUAACUGCCAAGAACCCAUACAGUGAGCCGGAUGCACCUGGCAAGCCGCAAUUUAAGGACUGGGACAAGAGUCACGUCGACCUGAAAUGGACUCCUCCAAGGAACGACGGUGGAGCACCGAUAGAAAAGUACAUAAUCGAGAAGAAAGAUCAGUACGGAAAAUGGCAGAAGGCUGCAGAAGUGCCAGGGAACAAGACCGAAGGCAAAGUCGGAGACCUGGUCGAAGGCCAGAAGUACCAAUUCAGAGUGAAAGCAGUCAACAAGGGAGGCCAGAGCAAGCCUAGCGAGCCUAGUGACACCUUGAUAGCCAAAGAUAGACACGCUCCGCCAAAGAUUGACCGUAGUUCUCUGAAGGACUUAACGAUCAAAGCAGGGAACCACAUUCGCCUCGAUGUCAAAGUCACCGGCGAGCCGCCUCCAACGAAGACUUGGUUCUUAAACAAAGCCAAGCUGGAAUCACAAAAUGGUCUGACCAUCGAGCUGGAAGAUUACAAGACGAAAUUCGUCGUGGCAUCUGCUACCAGGGCCCACUGUGGUACCUUGACUCUGAAAGCCGAGAACGACUCCGGCAGGGACGAGGCCUCCAUCGAGAUUCUGGUCUUAGACAAACCGGGCAAACCGGAGGGCCCGCUGAAAGUGUCCGACGUGCACAAGGAAGGGUGCACCUUGAAAUGGAACCCUCCACUAGACGAUGGUGGUGUUCCCAUUGAACAUUACAUGGUCGAGAAAAUGGACACGGAGUCUGGUCGAUGGAUCCCAGUGGGGCGAACGAAGGAACCCAACAUGGAGAUAGAAAACUUGGUACCAGGGCAGGAGUACAUGUUCAGGGUCUCCGCUGUCAAUGCCGAAGGAGAGUCCGAACCUCUGGAGACUGACCACGGAAUUAUUGCAAAGAAUCCAUUUGAUGAACCCGGUCCUCCUGGUCGUCCAGAAGCCACGGAUUGGGACAAGGACCAUGUGGACCUUAGAUGGUCCGCACCCCAGAAGGAUGGUGGAUCUCCAAUCACUGGGUACAUCAUUGAAAAACGUGAAAAAGGCUCUCCAAAAUGGAUCAAAGCUGCGGAGACCAGCGGUCCGGAGUGCAAAGGUCGUGCCGAUAAUCUGGACGAAGGAGUCGAAUACGAAUUCCGAGUCAAGGCUAUAAACGCUGCUGGGCCUGGUGAACCUUCAGAAGUUAGCAAGCCCAUCGUUGCUAAAUGCCGAAGAUUGGCGCCGAAAAUCGACAGAAGAAACCUGUGGGAUCUGACGGUAAAGGAAGGUGAACUGAUCCACUUUGAUGUGAAAGUGGCAGGAGAACCGCCACCAGACGUAACAUGGACGCUGAACAACAAGAGCAUCAGCCAGACCACGUACCGCAGAGUGGAGAACGUCCCCUACAACACCAAAUUCUACAAUGAAAAGCCGGAACGCAAAGAUUCCGGAAUGUACAAAAUUACGGCCGUGAACCAGUACGGAUCCGACACCGCUGAGGUGGAGAUCACCGUUGUCUCAAAGCCUGGCAAACCGGAAGGCCCGCUUGAGGUAUCCGACGUACACAAAGAAGGCUGCACUCUGAAAUGGAAGAAACCGAAAGACGACGGUGGCGAACCAAUUGAAGGGUACCUCGUGGAGAAGUUUGACCCUGAGACCGGAGUCUGGAUCCCAGUUGGUAAAACCACUGGUCCAGAAAUGAAGGUCGAUGGACUGACGCCUGGACACGAGUACAAAUUCCGCGUGAAAGCCCUCAACAAAGAAGGGGAAUCCGAACCAUUGGAAACAUUUGGUUCCAUCAUUGCCAAAGACCCCUUCACCGUUCCUUCACCUCCUGGUGCACCAGAACCCGUCGACUGGACCGCAAACCAGGUCGACCUCGUUUGGAAGGAGCCUGUUAGCGAUGGUGGUGCACCAAUCACUGGAUACAUUAUCGAGAAAAAGGACAAAUACAGUACCAUGUGGGAAAAGGCUCUGGAGACCAACACACCGAUUCCCAAAGCUCUGGUUCAAGGUCUCGUGGAAGGUAACGAGUACCAAUUCAGGGUGAUCGCCAUCAACAAGGCCGGCCAAUCGGAACCUGGCGAGGUCAGCAAAACGUUCACGGCGAAGCCACGAUUCCUGGCUCCAAAGAUCGACAGAAGAAAUCUACGAGACAUCACGUUAUCUGCCGGCUCGACCCUGAAAUUCGAUGCCAACGUCAUUGGAGAACCUCCUCCACACAUCGAAUGGCGUUGCGGUGCCAUACCCCUGCAUCCUAGUAGGACCGUACAAAUUGACAACUCGGAUUACAACACCAAGCUUAGCAUCCGUCCCGUGGCACGAGGAGACAGUGGAGAAUACACCGUCACCGCCAGCAAUAGUUCCGGCAAGGACCAAGUCAACAUACAAGUCACGGUUACCGACAAGCCCACGCCACCGGAAGGACCUCUCCAGGUGUCCGACGUCCACAAGGAAGGAUGCAAACUGAAGUGGAAACGACCUCUCGACGACGGUGGCACUCCCGUCGAGUACUACCAGGUGGACAAAAUGGACCCAGAAACCGGAUGCUGGGUUCCCUGUGGGCGAUCCACCGAGCCGAAUAUCGAGGUGACUGGUUUGACACCUGGCAAGGAAUACAUGUUCCGCGUGGCUGCUGUCAAUGCCGAAGGCGAGUCGGAGCCACUGGCCACCGAUUACGCGAUCCUCGCUAAGAAUCCAUUCGACGAGCCUGGAAAGCCAGGAGACCUGAGGGCUACCGACUGGGACAAGGACCACGUAGACCUGAAAUGGACUCCACCCGCGAGCGAUGGAGGUUCUCCAAUCGUGGGCUACAUCAUCGAAAAGAAGGACAAAUACGGCGAAUGGGAGAAGGCUUUGGAGGUCCCGGCAGACCUGACCUUCGCGACGGUCCCGGAUUUGAUCGAAGGCCAACCUUACGAGUUCCGGGUACGAGCCGUGAACAAAGCUGGUCCUGGAGAACCGUCCGACCCGACACCGACGAUCAUCGCGAAACCACGCAACCUCGCGCCGAAGAUCGACCGCACGAAUUUGGUGGAAGUCAGGGUCAAGGCAGGUCAGAACUUCGGUUUCGACGUCAAGGUUAUUGGAGAACCACCUCCAACGACGAAGUGGAUCCUUGGCAGCCGAGAACUCUGGCCAACCGACAGGAUCAAGAUCAAGCACGUGGAGUACAACACGAGCCUCCACGUUCGCAUGGCUACCAGAGCGGAGUCUGGGAAAUACACCGUCACAGCUGAGAAUGCCAAUGGAAAGGACGUCGCUUACGUGAACGUGAUAGUCUUGGACAAGCCAAGUCCUCCUCAGGGUCCUCUGAAAGUAUCCGACGUCCACGCCGAGGGCUGCAAACUGGCCUGGAAGGCUCCCGAGGACGAUGGAGGCCAACCCAUCGAAAAGUACGUCGUGGAAAAGCUUGACGAAGCCACGGGAAGAUGGGUACCAGCUGGCGAAACCGAUGGACCCGAGACUUCCUUGAAAGUCGAGGGACUCGUUCCUGGCCACAAGUACAAAUUCAGAGUGCGUGCCGUCAAUAAACAGGGCAAAUCCGAACCCCUCACUGCUGCUCAGAGCAUCGAAGCCAAGAAUCCUUUCGACGAGCCGGGAAAGCCUGGAACUCCCGAGAUCAAGGACUACGAUUCGGACUUUGUCGAGCUGCAGUGGGACAGACCGAUGGAAGAUGGAGGGUCACCGGUCACGGGAUACAUUAUCGAGAAGCGUGACAAAUAUAGCCCUACGUGGGAAAAAUGUGCCGAAGUCGAAGGCGAUGUCAAUCGCGGCAGGGUAAACGAUCUCGUUGAAGGAACGCAGUACGAGUUCCGGGUGAGGGCCGUUAACAAGGCUGGACCUGGUGAACCAUCCGAUGCCACCAAGCCCCACGUUGCUCGACCGAAGAACCUGGCUCCGAAAAUUGACCGCAAAUACAUGCUGGACGUCAAAGUCCGCGCUGGAGGCUUCUUCGACUUCGACGUACCGGUUAUCGGUGAACCUCCUCCAAAGAAGGAAUGGUCUCUGAAGGGUGAAACGGUCAGCUCAAGUGACCGCAUCAAGAUCACUAACGAGGAUUACAACACCAAAGUCCGUAUAAUAGAGGCCAAGCGUUCCGAUUCCGGAGUUUACACCUUGACGGCCAAGAACGCCAACGGCAAGGACUCGGCCACUCUGACGGUGACGGUCCUGGACGUACCAUCUCCGCCAGAAGGACCUCUCAAGAUCGACAACGUCACCAAGAGUGGAUGCAACCUGGCCUGGAGGCCACCAAAGGACGACGGCGGUUCGGAGAUCCAAUAUUACAUCGUGGAGAAGAUGGACAACGAGAGUAUGCGCUGGGUACCAGUUGCCGAAGCAACGACCACCAACGCUCGAGUGGAUCACCUGAUCGAAGGUCACGACUACAACUUCAGGGUCCGAGCGGUCAAUAAGCAGGGCGAGUCUGCACCUUUGACUGGUCUGGAGACCAUCACUGCUAAGGACCCAUAUGCCAAACCUGAGAAACCUGGCACGCCUGUUGCCACCGACUGGGAUAAGGACCACGUCGACCUGGAAUGGGCACCACCAAAGAGGGACGGAGGGUCGCCGAUCACCAGCUAUAUUAUUGAAAAGAGACCACGAUUCGGACAGUGGGAGAAAGCGGUCGAGAUCCCGGGGAACAAGACCCAGGGCACGGUACCGGACCUCGUGGAAGGCCAGGAGUACGAAUUCAGGGUCAUCGCCGUGAACAAGGGCGGGCCAGGGGAACCCUCUGACGCGUCUGCACCAGUCGUCGCCAAAGCUAGAUUCUGUGCUCCCAAGUUCGACAAGACCUUGUUACGGGAUCUGGUGGUGCGCGCUGGACAGAAGAUCAACUAUAAUAUCCCCAUAGAGGCUUCCCCGAAGCCGGUGGCUAAAUGGACCAUCGACGGUGUGCCUGUCGAAGCAGACACGCGUCAUGAGAUUUAUACAACCAAACUGGAAACCGUUUUCGAAAUUCCCUUCUCCGUUCGAUCGGAUUCGGGGCGAUACACGCUUACGUUGGAAAAUGAACUCGGAAGCUGCAGUGCCAGCGCCAUUGUGACGGUUCUGGAUAAGCCUGCUCCUCCGGAGAAACCUUUGGAUGUCACCGGUAUCACGAAAGACAGUUGUCACUUGACCUGGCGACCUCCUCUCGACGACGGCGGAAGUCCGAUUCUUCAUUACAUCAUCGAGAAGAUGGACGUCUCUCGUGGCACUUGGACAGAUGCUGGGAUGAGCAUAAUAUUAAGUCACGAAGUCACACGUCUUACUCAUCGAAAGGAGUACCUCUUCAGGGUUAAGGCGGUGAACAACGUCGGGGAGUCGGAACCUCUGGAGACCGCCAAAAGCAUCAUCGCCAAGAAUGAAUAUGAUGAGCCAGAUGCACCUGGAAAGCCACAUAUUAUGGACUGGGACAGGGACCACGUGGACCUGCAAUGGCCAGCACCAAAGAGCGAUGGCGGGUCGCCACUCACAGGAUACAUCAUCCAAAAGAAGGAGAAGGGCAGUCCUUACUGGAUCAACGCCGUCCACGUUCCACCAAACCAGACCAGUGCUACAGUCCCAGAUUUGACAGAAGGCCAGGAAUACGAAUUCCGAGUGAUCGCCGUCAACGCCGCGGGACAAUCUGAGCCCUCCGAGCCCAGUGACUUGGUCACGGCCAAGGCUCGCUAUCUGGCCCCGAAGAUCAAGACUCCUCUGCAAGACAUCCGCAUCAAGGCAGGUCUGAUCUUCCACGUGGACAUAGACUUCGUUGGAGAACCCACGCCGGAAGUCACUUGGACGUUAGGAAGCAAAGAAUUGGUCACAGACGCGAGGACCACGAUAACCUCCAUAGGCUACCACACAAUUGUCCACAAAGUCAAUGCGAAGAGGUCCGACUCUGGACUAUACCACUUGUUGCUGAAGAACAGCAGUGGCAUAGACGAGGGAAGCUUCCAGCUGAUCGUCCUGGACAGGCCAGGGCCUCCCGAAGGACCUCUGGAGUACGAAGAGAUCACGAGCCAGUCCGUCACCUUGUCCUGGAAACCACCAAAGGACAACGGUGGUAGCGAGAUCACUGGGUACGUUAUCGAGAAACGCGAUCUGACCCACGGCGGUGGUUGGGUACCAGCAGUGACCUAUAUCAACCCCAAAUACAACCAUGCCACGGUCCCACGCUUGUUGGAGGGCACCAAGUACGAAUUCCGCGUUUGCGCUGAAAAUCUUCAGGGUAGAUCCGAUCCGCUCAACACGGAUCGGGCUGUCGUCGCCAAGAACCAGUUUGUGGUUCCUGGCCAGCCUGGCAAGCCCGAAUGCGUCGAUGCUGCGAAGGAUCACAUCAAGAUCAAGUGGACGCCACCCAUCAGCAACGGAGGGUCUCCAAUCAUCGGCUACGAGGUGGAACGACGCGACAGAGCAACCGGUCGCUGGAUAAAGGUUUCCAAAGAGCCUGUUAGAGGUACGGAGUAUUACGACGACCACGUAACCGAGGGUCACCAGUACGAGUACCGAGUGUCCGCUGUAAACGCUGCCGGAGCUGGCAAGCCUAGCGAGACCUCGGCCGUCUUCACGGCUAAGCCGAUGAAGGAGAAGCCCAAGCUCUACUUGGAUGCUCUCAUCGGGCGCAAACUGAAAGUCAGAGCUGGAGAACCGAUCAAGAUCAACAUCCCUCUUUCUGGAGCACCCACGCCGACCGUUGUAUGGGCCAGGAACAACGUUCCCUUGUCGGAGUCCCAUCGUCUAUCCACCGAGACCAAGAGCGAUCACACGUUGCUGCUGAUCGAGAAGUCCGUCCGGGAGGACGGUGGGAAAUACACGAUUACAGCAACUAAUGACUACGGCAAAGACUCGGCAGACAUCGAGGUUUCCGUCGUGGACAAGCCUGAACCACCCGUGGGACCCCUUCAUUAUUCCGGUACCACUCAGGAAACGGUUUCCCUUAUGUGGAACCCACCAUCCGACGAUGGCGGAUCCGACAUCACCAACUACAUCGUCGAGGUCUGCGAUGCCGGCAGCGACAAUUGGCGACAGGUACCUGGAUAUUGUCCAACUACCAACUUUACGGCCAAAGGCCUCAUCGAGGGCAGGAGGUACAUCUUCCGAGUACGGGCGGAGAACAUGUACGGAGUUUCCGAGCCCCUGGACGGCAAACCCGUCGUGGCGAAGAGUCCUUUCGAUCCUCCGGAUGCUCCGAGCCAACCGGAGAUCCUUGGAUACACCCCCAACAGCUGCAGCCUUGCCUGGAAUCCUCCCAUCAACUCCGGAGGAAGACCGGUCACUGGCUACUAUGUGGAACGGCGUGAGCGUGGUGGCGAGUGGCUGAAGGUGAACAACUAUCCAACACCCAACACAUCCUUCACCGUCCAAGAUCUACACGAGGGAUCUCGCUACGAAUUUAGAGUCAUCGCCGUGAACGAAGCUGGACCUGGAAAACCCAGCAAACCCACCGAACCCAUCACUGCUGGGCACCAGCGACUACCACCCGAUGCUCCGGAACCACCGAAACCGGACCGCAUUACCAAGGACUCGGUGACCCUGUCCUGGAGGCCACCAAGAAACGACGGUGGAGCCAAGAUCAGGGGAUACCACAUCCAGAAGAAGGCCAAGGGCGACUCCGAUUGGUCCGAUGUCACCAUAACACCCGUUCCCGCAAACGUCUACACCGUUCCAAGACUAACGGAAGGCGAAGAGUACCAAUUCCGGGUAAUAGCCGUCAACGAUGUCGGCAAUAGCAACCCCAGUCGACCAAGCAACCCCAUCGUCAUCGAGGAACAGCCCAACAAGCCUGUUAUGGACUUGGGAGGUGUACGCGACAUUACUGUCAGAGCCGGAGAAGACUUCAGCAUCCACGUGCCAUACAUUGGAUUCCCCAAACCUACAGCAACGUGGUUCGCCAAUGACGUCAUCAAGGACGAAACGGACCCUCGUGUGCACCAACAGCUGGCUGAUGAUUACGCUAGUCUAGUGGUAAAGAACUCAAGGCGCUCGGAUGGAGGCCAGUACAGAUUACAACUGCGUAAUCCUUCCGGGUUCGAUACGGCUACCAUCAAUGUCCGUGUUCUGGACCGUCCUAGGCCACCAGAAAAUCUUCGUGCUGAUGAGUUUGCAGGCGACGCCCUGACCUUGUACUGGAGCCCGCCCAAAGACAACGGAGGCGCAGAGAUCACCAACUAUGUCGUUGAAAAACGCGAACCAAGGCAACCAACUUGGUCAAAGGUCAGCGGAUAUGUGACGACUCCCUUCGUACGUGUCCGAAACUUAACCAUCGGCAGCCUGUACGAAUUCCGCGUCAUGGCGGAAAAUCAAUACGGAACCUCCGAUCCAGCUAUCACAAUUGAUCCGAUCAAGGCGAGACAUCCAUUCGAUCCUCCAGGAGCUCCUGGAGUACCUCGCGGAGUUGAAACCUCCGAGGACAGCAUCACCAUCACGUGGACCAAGCCUCGCCAUGACGGAGGUUCACCUAUCACGGGAUACGUAAUCGAGAAACGUCUUAUCAGUGAAGACAAGUGGGUGAAAGCCACCCCUGCUCAUGUGCUGGACACUACCUACAGGGUCACUGGUCUCAUUGAAAACCAUGAUUACGAAUUCCGAGUGGCAGCUGUUAAUGCAGCUGGCCAAGGACCCUGGAGUGCCAGCUCCGACGCCAUUCGAGCUUCUGCACCUACUUCUGCUCCAAAGAUUACCAGCGACCUUAGCAUCCGAGACAUGACUGUCAUCGCUGGAGAGCCAUUUACCAUCACUGUGCCGUACACGGCUAAUCCGAAACCGAAACCGAGCUGGUCCAUCAACGGGGAAGAGGUCAUCACUGAUGACAGAAUCAAGUUCGACACCACUGAUGUUGCUUCCCAGUUCAUCAACAAGAAGGCAAAGAGAAGCGACACAGGAAAUUAUACGAUUUAUCUGUCCAACAAUGUUGGCACAGACUCUGCCUCCUGCAAGGUCCUGGUUGUCGAUAAACCAUCGCCUCCUCUUGGUCCCCUGGACAUUUCGGACAUCACCCCGGAGACCUGCACUCUUUCCUGGAGACCACCAUUCGAUGAUGGUGGUUCGCCGAUCACGAACUACAUCGUGGAGAAGUUGGACCCUGCUGGUAUCUGGGUGAAGUUGAGCAGUUUCGCUAGGAACACGCACUAUGACGUGAUAGGUCUGGAACCGAACCGCAAGUACAACUUCCGAGUCCGAGCGGAGAAUCAGUAUGGCAUUUCGGAUGCCCUGGAAGCGGACGAACCAAUAAUGGCUAAGUUCCCAUUCACGGUCCCGGAUGCACCGGGUCAGCCUCGAGUGACGGACUGGGACAUGACCAGCAUCACCAUGAUUUGGGCUCGACCAAGAUCGGACGGUGGUUCCCGAAUACAAGGCUACCAGAUCGAAUUCCGCGACGUCGCUGAUGGACAGUGGCGAGUUGCCAAUGAUUAUCUGGUCAAAGAUACGACGUUCAACUGUUACAAUCUUCUAAGUGGCAGCGAGUAUGAGUUCAGGAUACGCGCCAAGAACGCAGCUGGAUUCAGCAAACCGAGCCCGCCGUCCUCACCGUUCAAGCUAAAGAGCAAGUUCAACGUUCCGUCUCCACCUGGAACACCGCAAGUGGUCAAGGUGGGCAAGAACUACGUGGACCUGAAGUGGGAGCCUCCGGUUUCGGACGGUGGAAGCCGCAUUACAGGAUACAUUAUAGAAAAGAGGGAGCUGGGAGGAGCUCUCUGGGUGAAAUGCAACGACUAUAACGUCAUGGACUGCGAGUACACCGUUCUGUACCUUGUCGAACGUGGGGACUAUGAGUUCAGGAUAUUUGCCGUGAACGCCGCUGGACGUUCCGACCCAAGCUCCUGCACGAUGCCAGUCAAGAUCUGCGAGGUGGAAGGCGGGGUACAGCCAGAAUUCGUAAGGCCACUGGCUCUGACACAAGGAGUUCCUCUCGGCAAGAUUCACGUCUUCGAGUGCGAAGCUAUCGGUAAACCCAUUCCGACCCCGAGGUGGUUAAAGAACGGGCGCGAGAUCAACAUCGGCGGUCGAUUCAGGACGGAACAAAUGGACGGCAUCUUCAGGCUCGUCAUCACCGAGGUCUGGGAAGCCGAUGACGGGGAUUACAGCUGCCAAGCCUCCAAUCCCCUGGGCACGGCCACUACCACGGCCAGGCUGAAGAUCGGAGCACCACCACGCAUAGAACGUAUCCCUGAUGACCUGUACCUCCCAGAAGGCGACAACACCAAGAUCAAGAUCUACUACAGUGGAGACCAACCCAUGGAUGUGACUUUGAGCAAAGAUGGCCGCCAGAUCGUGGAGUCCACCCAUAUCAAGUACACCGUCUUCGACGAGUAUUUGAUUAUCUUUAUCAAGGACGUUGUCAAAGACGACGGAGGGGUCUACUCCUUGUCGAUCAAGAACGACAGCGGUAGUGUCAGUGCAUCGUUCAACGUCUACAUCACCGGACUUCCGGGACCACCCACGGGACCGUUGGAAGUGUCGGACAUAGACAGACACACGUGCACUCUGCACUGGCAUCCACCAAAAUACGACGGUGGUCUGCGCGUCACCCACUACGUAGUAGAGAGGCGCGACAUCAGCCACACUCACUGGAUAACGGUGUCCUCCUUCUGCAGAGAGACCACCUUCGUGGUGCAGGGUCUGACGGAGGGCCAGGAGUACCUGUUCAGGGUUAUGGCCACCAACGAAAACGGCAUGGGACCGCCCCUGGAGGGAACCAACCCCAUCAAGGCCAAGGCUCCGUUCGAUCCACCUGGACCCCCCGGAAAGCCGAAAGUCAUCGAGGUGGGAGGCGACUUCGUCAAUCUCUCCUGGGACAAACCGGAAAGCGAUGGAGGCGCUCGUAUCCAGGGCUACUGGGUGGACAAGAGAGAAGUCGGAGGCAUCGCCUGGCAGAGGGUAAACGUCGUUCUUUGCCUACCCAACCAGAUCAACAUCAGCAACCUCAUCGAGGGUCGCCAAUACGAGUUCCGGGUCUUUGCCCAAAACGAGGCCGGCGUUGGACCGGAAUCCACGGCCUCGACUUCCGUCAAGAUCAAGGAUCCUCAGGCGUCGAAGCCGCCGGAGAUCCUGAAGCCGCUGAGGAACGUCAACUGCGUGCAGAACCACAAUGCCCAAUUCACGUGCACCAUCACUGGAAGUCCCGCGCCUCAUAUCACCUGGUUCAAGGGUGCCAGGGAAAUCGUUAAUGGCUCGAGAUACCACAUUUACUCCGAAGGAGAGGUUCACAAUCUCGUGAUCCAUGACGUCUUUGGCGAAGACGCCGAUGAAUACGUCUGCAGGGCGGCUAACAAGGGCGGCAUCAAGUCCACCAAGGCCGAGCUCUUCAUCAUGACUCCACCCAAACUCAACGUACCGCCUCGAUUCCGCGACACCGCGUUCUUCGACAAGGGCGAGAACGUCGUCAUCAAGAUUCCGUUUACCGGAUUCCCCAAGCCGAAGAUCACCUGGAUGAGGGAGGGCGAGGUCAUCGAAUCCGGGGGACACUAUGCCGUUGAAGUCAAAGAGAGACACGCCGUACUUACCAUCAGGGAUGGCAGCAAGAUAGACUCAGGGCCUUAUCGUAUCACUGCCGAGAAUGAACUUGGUCAGGAUUCUGCGAUCAUCAAGAUUCAAAUCAGCGACAGACCCGAUCCUCCCAGAUUCCCACUGGUGGACAAUGUCGGACACGAUUCCUUGGCCCUCACCUGGAAGCCACCGGUCUGGGACGGAGGUAGCAACAUAACGAACUACCUCGUCGAGAGGAGGGAACACCCAAUGUCUUCCUGGAUCCGAGUGGGCAGCACCAGGUUCACCACCAUGGCCAUAACAGGGCUUAGUCCAGGUCACGAGUACGAAUUCCGCGUCUUCGCGGAGAACGUCUACGGUAGGUCAGAUCCUAGCGAGGUCACCGGUCUGAUCGCCACCAAAGGGGUCAAAGGCAAACGAGAGGUCAAGAAGAAGGAGUUCGAGUACGACGAGACCGGAAAGAAGAUCCGAGGUCGCAGCGACGAGAAGGUCCGCGAUUACGACCAAUUCGUCUUCGACGUCUACAGCAAAUACGUACCUCAGCCUGUCGAGAUCAAGACCUCCUCGGUGUACGAUAAAUACGACAUCCUUGAAGAAAUCGGCACCGGCGCCUUCGGCGUAGUCCAUCGCUGCAGAGAGAGGUCCACGGGCAACAUCUUCGCCGCCAAGUUUAUCCCGGUUAGCCACGUGAUGGAGAAGGAGCUCAUCAGGAAAGAGAUCGACAUCAUGAAUCAGCUUCACCAUCCUAAGCUCAUCAAUCUCCACGACGCCUUUGAGGACGAUGACGAGAUGGUUCUGAUAUUCGAAUUCCUCUCCGGAGGCGAGCUCUUCGAGAGAAUCACCGCCGAGGGUUACACCAUGUCCGAAGCCGAAGUGAUCAACUACAUGAGACAGAUCUGUGAGGCUGUCAAGCACAUGCACGAGAAGAACAUCAUCCACCUUGACAUCAAACCGGAGAACAUCAUGUGCCAGACGCGCAACAGCACGAACGUUAAGCUGAUCGACUUUGGGCUGGCUACCAAAUUAGACCCCAACGAGGUUGUGAAGAUCAGCACGGGUACAGCAGAAUUCGCAGCUCCAGAAAUCGUCGAGAGGGAACCAGUUGGCUUCUACACCGACAUGUGGGCCUGCGGUGUGUUGGCCUACGUACUGUUGAGCGGGCUGUCUCCGUUUGCGGGCGACAACGACAUCGAGACCCUGAAGAACGUAAAGGCCUGUGACUGGGACUUCGACGAGGAGGCAUUCCGCGACGUCUCCGAGGAGGGCAAGGACUUCAUCAGGAGGCUACUCGUUAAGAACAAAGAAAAGCGUAUGACAGCUCACGAGUGCCUCCUGCACGCGUGGUUGACAGGUGACCACAGCAAUCGUACCAAUCCCAUCUCUAGCAGUCGCUAUCUCAGCUUCAGGGACAGACUCCGAGCCAAGUACGACGAUUGGGAGAAAUACGUACUUCCAAUUGGUCGACUUGCCGAAUACUCUGCCCUCAGAAAACUCCUUGUCGAGAAGUAUAGGAUACAAGACACUUCCUUCGAUCGCAGACAAGCUGCACCACGAUUCGUCAUCAAGCCUCAGAGUGCAUUUGCAUAUGAAGGGCAGAGCGUGAAGUUCACGUGUCGUGUCAUUGCUAUUGCGACUCCGACCCUGACCUGGUACCAUAACAACCAGGAGCUCAGACAAUCGGUGAAGUUCAUGAAGCGAUAUGCCGGCGACGAUUACACCUUCGUCAUCAACAGGGUCAGGGUGGAGGACAGGGGAGAAUAUGUAAUCCGUGCUGAGAAUCAUUAUGGAUUCCGAGAAGAGGUCGUGUUCUUGAACGUCCAACCUAUACCCAAAGAGAUUCCUCCAUACAAGCCGGAAGUGCAGCCACUUCGCCGAAGAGAACCUCUACCGUACCACUUCUGGAUGGAAAUCAGCGAGUCUGCUCCCAGCUUUACCUUCUUACUUCGACCUCGUGUCAUGCAAGCUCGGCAGACGUGCAAGCUGCUUUGCUGCCUGAGUGGCAAGCCUCAACCCACCGUCAAAUGGUACAAGGACCGCAAAGAACUCUCCAAGUAUGAGUACACCAUGACCAAUAGUGACGGAGUGGUUACUAUGGAGAUCAUCGACUGCAAACCCGAGGACAGUGGCCAGUACAGAUGUAUCGCUACCAACUGCCACGGCACGGACGAAACCAGCUGCGUGGUUAUCGUUGAAGGAACUGGAGAGACCGAGGAUCAAGCGAAAUUAGCGCAUGACCUCCUACAUUCCGGAGAUCGAAAGUUCAUCGAGCAACCCUUGAAGCCCGCGCCUCCACCAAUCAUAAUAAAGAGCAGCUACAGUUCCAAUGUCAAUCAGUCAUCGAGCAGCUCAAGUCACAACGUAACGCGUAGCUACAAUAACGCUUCAUCGUCCUCCUCGACUAAUUACAACUCCACCUCUUCCUCGUACAAGGCCUCCACGGAAACGAGCUCUAAGCUCAAUGAGACCUCUACCUCGGACAAGAGGAGUAUCAAGAAAUACGGAGCCAAACUGGACACGACUGGCAGUCCGAACAGAUCCAGAAGCGCUACCAAAGAACUUAUUCUUCCUCCCGAUGACUCGUUAAUGAGAGCUCCAGAAUUCGCCACAAAGCUGAAGGACCUGACGAUCAAUGAUGGGGAACAAUUAGAACUCAGCGUGAAAGUCGAUGGAGACCCAGAACCCCAGGUUACCUGGACAAAGAACGGCAAGGCAUUAAGCUCUUCGGAAGUGGUCGAUUUGAAAUACAAGAACGGCGUCGCGACACUGACGAUCAACGAGAUUUUCCCUGAGGACGAGGGCGAGUACACGUGCAAAGCAACGAACAGCAUCGGCACUGCAAGCACUUCCUGCAAAUUGACUGUUAAACCAAUGGAACACGCAUCCGGGAAGAAGAAGAAGAAGAGCGACGACAAGCCACCCAAAAUCGUUGACCAUCUGACGAGCAUGUUCGUGAAAGACGGCGAGACGGUGACGCUAAGUUGCCGCAUCAUCGGCGCCAAGAAGUUUGACGUUGUAUGGCUACACAACAACAAGGAGAUCAAACCCAGCAAAGACUUCCAGUACACAAGCGAGGCCAACAUCUACAAGCUAAACAUUGCCGAGAUCUUCCCCGAGGACGCCGGCACAUACACGUGCGAAGCCUUCAACGAUGCUGGAGAGAGCUUCUCUUCUUGCACUCUCAACGUCCUUGUUCCAAACGAGGAACCCAAGAGCCCAGUGUUCACGACAUUCCCGCAGUCGGCUACUGUUAGCGAAGGAGAAAUGGUUAGCUUCGCCUGCCAGACUGAAACCACGCCACUGAAGGUAACGUGGCUGAAGGAUGGUAAACCCAUCGACGAAUCGAGCAGCAGAUACCUCUUCAGCUCGGAUGGUGACAAGUCGUACGAGUUGAAAAUCAAGUCUUGCACAGCUGGAGAUGUCGGCCAAUAUGUGGCACGAGCGAUCGGCAAGAAGGGCGAAACGAACGCCGCGUUUGCCCUCAACGUCACCAACCCCGGCGACCUUUGAGAACAACCAUAACUUAGACAUCGCAUAUUACGACGAUCGCACGAUCAUACGGCAAGCCUCCACGAGAGCGCAACGAAACGUAUACACGAGCAGUGACCAAAACCAGGAGCCGAAACAAGAAAGCAACGACGCGAACGGCCAGGCGGAAUCGUGUAUAAAAAUCGCGGAGAAAAAAAAAAAGCCCGAAGCAAGAAAACCGAGGAAUCAUUUAAUCUCGUUACUUGUAUAAAUCGUUAUGAAACUUUGUGUUAUCUUUCUCUUUUCUCUUCUGUGUGCUUCUCACAUGUUGCAGCUCGUCGUGCCAUAAGGAGAUCUUACACGGCGCAACCACUGUAUCGACAUGUCACGGAUAGCAAACGCAACAUUAAACGCUACGAAUUGAGCUUUGCUGAAUGCACACGCACGGACAUACGUACGAUGCGCACCGAAUACGACAAUUGGCGUCAUUACCGACCGUCUACCAAAUACCGUCGACCUGAGAGUACUAUAAAAUAGUUCUGGACCGGGUACAUGUUCAAACUGCCCACAACUUGGUGCAGCCAUUCGACGACUACCCUGGUUACGAAACGGUGCAACCGUUGAAUUACUCCCACGAGUUUAGGUGCAGGGUUUAGCAAUUGACUUCCAUGGCUUAGACGGCGUGGAGAAAUGAGCGUGCACGUAUUUGGUAGAUGGUCCGUAAACGGGGCAGCUAUAGAAGUCGAAGAUGCGCCACGGCACGUGCCGACGGUGCCGAUCUCGAGGUCGGGAAGAGUGCCGAGUUCCGGACGAGGUCUCCCAGCAUCCUCGACGAACAAUCCGAACAUCGGGAUCUCGUUCGGGACUUCUCCUCGAGCCCGCCGCGUUGUAAAAUUAACGAGUACGCCUCGAGCGCCCCCGCCGGUACGUGUCUCUUAUUCCAUAUAAUCGUACGCACUGUCGUGUUCUAAUUUGUUUGAAGACUGCUUCCGUUACAAAAUGUACGAUAAAUAAAACUUAUCAUUGAGAAA